AUGGACGGGAUGGCGACGUACGAGGACAAGGUCGACGCAGUCGGGUCGCCGCGGGCCGCGUACACUCGGGGAGCCAAGCACUUUCGCCAUGCGGUCCAGAGCCCUCGGCGCCAGACGGAGGCCGACAUUGUGCACAAGCAGCAGCUUCUCGAGAUCCAGCGCUUGCGCGAUCAAAUGGCCGAGAUGCAGCUCCAGGUGCAAGCCCUCACGACCGAGCGCGACAGCGCGAUCCAAGGGCGGGCGAAGAAGCCGGCUCGGUCGAUGGCGCCGUCGAUGUUUUCCGUGACGGACGACGGUCCGCGCGAGCGCCACGUCGCCGCGGGUCUCGGGCGCCACGUGAGCAUCGCGACGAGCAACGUGCUUCGGGCGAUUCCCAAGCAAAUUCCAAACCGCGUCGCAGCGCGUGUGAGCGAGGCGUUUACCAACCCGCUCAAGGCGAUUCAAUACCUCAACUCGUUUGAGUUUAGCACGGAUCUGCUCGCGCUCGCGCAGCAAGUAGCAACAAUCUUUGAAAGCGAAGCGCGCUGCGUGGCCAUGGAAAGUCCUGUGUAUGUGUUUGGCGACAUCCACGGCAACCUCGCGGACCUCAAAUUCUUCUCGGAGAACUUGUGGCGCCUUGGGAUGGGCUUGACGGCCGGGUCGUUUCUCUUCCUCGGCGACUAUGUCGACCGCGGUCUCUCGUCGCUCGAGUGCAUCGCGUACCUCUUUGCGCAAAAGAUCAUGCACCCGACCAAGGUCGUCAUGCUGCGCGGCAACCACGAGACGCGCGCCGUGAACGGCUGGGAAGAGCACUACGGCAUCGGCUCAUUCCUCGCGCAAUGCAAGAAGCGGUUUGGGAACGACGAAGGCUGCAUCGUGUGGCACCAGGUCAAUAAUGCCUUUGAUCGCAUGCCACUCGCUGCCGUCAUCGACGACGACGUGUUCUGUGCCCACGGCGGCAUUCCCCGCCCGAUUGAGAACGAGCGGCAAGUCGACUCGAUUCAAAAUAUUCCUCGUCUCGCGUCGUUUGACGUACUCGGGAAAGGCGCCGAGUCCAAGUCCGUGUGGCUGCAAAUGGCCGAAGACCUCAUGUGGGCCGACCCCGUCGCACUCGACCAGGAGGUAUGCUUGGACAAGCACGGCUUUGGCAAGAGCGCCCGGGGGGGCAGUGCGAUUUGCUUUGGCGCGACGGCGCUCGACGACUUUUUGGCGCGCCAUCAAUAUUCGCAUGUUGUCCGCGCCCACGAAGCGUGCACGCAGGGCGUGGCGCUGAGCAAAGCCGCGCGGCUCAUCACGGUCUUCUCGACCUCCAAGGACCACGGCCUCGGCAAGCGCGCCAAGUGCGGCUGCCUCCUCGUGGACCGCCACCAGCUCGUGAUUCUCAACAAGUCGCACAAGUACAAGACUGGUUUCCUUCGGCGUCGAAGCAGCAGCGCGUGCUCGGCCGGCGGUAGUCCCGUCCGGCUGCUGCCGACACCGGCGCCGGCGCUCUUGCCGCCGCGCGCGCCGUCGGACGAGGACGACGACGAGUCGACCGACGACGAAGGCGACGAUGCCAAGGAGCUCACAGUGAUCGCGUCGGCGAGCGAGGAGGCAGCGGCGCCGAUGCUGGCCGAGGACAACAACCAAGAAGAAGCCUAA